AUGUUUGUACACGGGAAACUUGUUUUGGCACACGGGAAUGAACCCUAUAGGCGACCAACUUAUACAGUUGAAAAAGGCUGUAGUGAGGUUUCAGUAUUUUUGAACCGGAUCCUUGGACUUGAAGUUGAGCUGCAAAACCAACUAUUUCAGCACUUUAUGGACACGUUGGAUGCAAUCAUUGACAAUGUAAAAAGAGAUGGCAAAUGGGAUAUGGGAAUUCUGGAUCUUGGCUUCAAAAACCGAAAAGUUAAAAAGAUUGAUACACAAUCAUUUCAGUGCCGAUCAUCCACAGGAACAGUUGUGGUCGAGUUACAUAAGAUUGUAUCUGACCGAGGGAUUUCAUGGGAGGAAGCCUAUGAUAUUUUUAGCCAACCUAAUAGUAACUGUUCAUUUUAUCAGUCAAAAAGGCGGGUUAAUGACAGGUGUCUAGCUAUUCUAACGAAGGAAGCAUCAGCAGGUCAUUUUCUGGUGUAUCGGCCUAGCACUGGUUGUGCCAGUAAAGUACAAACAGUCCAAGACAUCAAUCUGAGGUAUACAAAGGUGCCUCCUAAGCUUGCAAAGUCAGACUGGGAGACACAGUAUGAUCACUCAGAAAUACACUGCACUCAUUCAUACCGGACUGGUAAAUGUAAGCUGACAACAUCCACCUCUCAAUGUAAGCAUGGUGUACGUAAAACACCCUAUCAUAUUCUCACAGGAUCGGUGUUAAGUGUCUGGUCUAAAGUAGAACAGGUUUUACGUCGUCACCCGGGGUCACAAUCGAAAAUGCAGAUCAUACGUGUCAAGCUGGAGGAUGAUUCCAAAUUAGUCGGUUGUUUGAUGCCUGAUAUAUGUGUUGAUGAACUACAGUGUAUGCUUACUGAAGAGCAGAAAGCCUCAAUACCUAUUGUCAUUGAUGAUGAUAGUUCAUCCUCCUCUGAAGAGUCUGAUGAAUCAAGCAUGGACAUGCCAAAACGAUUACCUCUUCUGAACCCACACAUUCCAAAUCAAUCAUUUUUAAAUCAAAGACAAGUCAUUCCAGAUAGUAAUGCCAUUCCAACCGACUCUUUAUCGGAUCUCCUUGCACGGCCUAGUACCUCACAGGUGAUGCAAAGUCAAAAUGACUUUCCGUUGAUCACCCCGCAAAAAUAUCAAAAUCAGUAUCCGUCGACCACACCUCAACAGAAUCAUGUGAAACCAAUUAAACAAGAGAAUAGCUUAGCAACAUUGGAUUUCUUACGGAAAUUUGACUUCGAUUCGCAAAAACAUGGUAAUAAUUUACAGCAGUCGACUUCCCAAAUGGGAUUACAGGACAUAUUUGAUAUGCCGAUUCUAGAGGCACAGCCAUACCCAGAACAAAGCAAAAAUAUUUUUCCUUCGGUUUCUCAGAGUCAAGAUACGUACCAGGAGCCAUUGGACCUACAUGUACCCUCAGCCUCUAUUUACAAUAACCCUGAUAAAAGGACUUCUUCAAAUCCAUUUUAUGCACAACCCAUGGAUAAUCACACUUUGCCAUCUAACUAUCUCCAAAAUACAAAUGGCGUCGGAUAUAACUCGGAGAACCCGUGGUCAGUUUUUCAGUCACGCCAGCAAGAACAGUACAUUCCCUUCCAGAAUGAAUCAAGCAACAGAUGGUCCAAUGGGGGCAGUGUUCCCCAGUUGGAAACUGAACCAAUUUCACCAUCUUCAGAGUCUAGCGACUCCCCGAUGGACUUUAAAGGUGUUGUUGAGGAUGCCAUCACUAGGUACUCAUGAAAUUGAAUCAAACUGAUAGAAAGUCAACUCAUUCAAUCAAUUUAUAUUUCUUGAUUACAAGAAACGUAUGUAUCAAAGACAUGUAUUCCAGUAAAAUAUCAUUGGUAAAGAAUAUUAUGUGAUAUUUUAAUUUGGAUUAACGUCCAAUGAUAUUGGCAGUAUAUUCGGACUGGAUCCUACAUUAGUGUGAAACACAAGUGGGUAGUGAAGGCAGCAUGAAUAUCUUGCCAAAGUGCAACACUUACCAUUCGUUACCUUUCCCUGAUACAAAAUAUUUUUGCUCAACCUAUUUUCUCUUGCCAAUGCCCUUCUGCUUUUUUCAAGUUGAAAAGUAGAAAUUUUGACCUGUAUUGGUCCUAAAAUAAAAGGAGGGGCACAAAUGGUAUAGUUUUGUUUGAAUGUAUUUAGGUUACAGUUUUUAAAUUUUAAUAUAUUCUAAAUACCUGUAGUAAAUUUAAAAAUUAAGCACCAAAAUCAAUUAAGAUUGUAUUAUACAAAGAUGAAUUAUAAAA